AUGGAUAAUAAUAAUUCAAAUUCAGAUAAUGAAGGUGAAGGUUCAAACAAAAUAUAUUUUUUUGAAAAUGAUACAUUAAAAUAUCAUUAUUUCAACAAAGAUUCAAUUGUGAUACCUGAUUUCACUGAUCAUGAAUAUGAUAAAACAUUUAACUCUAAUAAUCAAAUUAUUUAUUAUGAGAAUAAAUUAGUCUUUGAUGGUAGUUAUAAAUUUAACUACAAACUAUCAGAAAACAAUAUUUUAUUAUUUAAUUCAACUUUUAACUAUUACUAUUUUACACCAUAUGUUAAAAUUUGUGACAACCUUGAUAAUAUUACAAGUAACAACAAUAAUAACAACAAUAAUAAUAGUAGUAAUAAUGAAAAUAAUAACAAUAAUAACAAUAGAAACAAUAAUAAUAACACUCAAAAAAUUCCAGAGUCGUUGAUAAAAUCAACCAAUUUUAAUGGAAAUUCAUUGUUUUAUAUAGAUAUCCUGGAGUUGGUAACAAUCAUUCUCAACAGCAAGGAAGAUUAUAACACUUUGGGUCUUGAUGAAUAUAACAACUUCUUAGUAAUCGACCUAUACCAUGAUGGAUUUAAAUUUGAAGAAACAAAAUCUGCCUUGGGUGUAUACAUAUGUUUGUAUACACCUCAACUACAAUAUUCCAAAAAAAGUAGAUAUAGGUUCCUCAUUACAGUGAUUGAAAAAAGAAUGGAUUCUUUAACGAACCAAAAAUAUAGUCGAAAAGAUUAUAUCCAACACACCAAUAGUUGCGUACAAUCAAACCAAGAUUUUUAUUCAAAUUGGGUCAACACUUUCCCAGUUACAUAUGUUUCAAUUGUAAGUAGUAGUGUUAAAACACCAGAGAGAGCCUUGACCUUAGUUCAGAAUUCUCAACAUGACCAAUAUGCUCUGUUCUGUGAGGAUGACACUGAUCAAAUUGAUAGUGUUCCCAAGUGGACUGUUUUCUUAAACCGAAAGAUGAACAUUUUCCUUCAAUCUGCCACAGAUCCGAUUCAUCUGUUAUACCUAGGUAUUAUGAAAACAUUGGUAAAAAAUCUAUUAUCAUUGUUUAAUGUUGAACAAAGAGAUCAACUUCAUUUGAUCUUUCAAACACACCCAACAGUUGAGGGUAAGAAUUUGAAGAAGGCAAUCUCCAAAAAUAAAUCAUUAAAAGCAUACGAACAAAAGAUAUUAGUUUUGACCUUGUCGAAGGGAAUCAUGCUAUCUUUUCGCCCAAUAGUUAAAGGAUUUAUAUCAACAAAAAAAUUGAUUCUAUUUAUUAUGUUGGAUAAUCAAAAUGAAAUAUUAGAGUUGGCCAAACUAAUCAAAGACCACCAAGAUAGUUACUAUCGAUGGUUUGUUUCAUACAAAGAACAUUUGAAAUCUAAUUCGAACAACAAUAAUGCCAACACCAAUACCAACGAAGUCAACAACAAUACCAACGAUGAUAACAGUGGCGAUGAUAACAGUGGCGAUGAAAACAAUGGCGAUGAUAACAAUACCAUUAUCAGCGAAGAAGAAAAAGAGAAGAAACGUCUAGAAAAACUUUAUGGCAAUGUUUUCCCCAAUCAUCAUUUACUCUCACAUUUAAUUGAGGAUAUACAACUCUUUGGUCAUCCUAACAAAUCAAGUAUAAUCAAUGUUAAUCCAAUGGAAGGCCUACACCAAGUUUUUACAAACAAAGAAGAGGGCAUUUCUAAUGGAGUUAGUAGAGAAAAAACUUUUUUGAGUUUUACAGUGAAAAAGAAGAAUUUGGAAUUAAAUUCUAAAAGUCAUAGCGAUAAAUACGAUGGUUGUAUAGUUGUUUUGGAAUAUAUAUCAAAUCAAAAAUUGUUUGAAAAGAAAGUUUUUGAAUUUCCAACAGACUUCAUUGCUUUGGUGAUUGGGAAUGGUGGUGGUGGUGUGACAGACUUUAAUGAACAUUUACAAAGUGCAGAUAACAAUUCAGAAGACGGAAUAGACUGUAGCUACCACAACAACCCACACCGAGAAGCUAACAAUGGUCCGAUUGAAUAUGGUAAUAUUAAAAAGAUUUAUAUCUUUGAAUAUGAAAAUCACCCCACAGAGAUAUUUUUAGAGAUAUUACCAUACAAAGCUAUUAAUACAGACUCUGUAGAAUUUCUAUCCAAGUGUAAUAUUCAAUUUGAUCAUCGAAUAGAUAUAAAUACAGAUGAGUUGAAAUAUAGAUUACAAAUCAAUAUUUUAAAGUAUUUGAAAUUGUAUUGUAAAUCAAACACAACUAAAUAUGUUAAUGCUCAAGACAUUAGAAAUAGAGUUUAUAUUUGGGAAACUGGAGAUAAAUACAUGAUUAUUGACAAUAAGAACGAAAUAGAAACAAAUUGA